UCCUGCAAACAGUUCUGAAUAAGGCGUCCUGACGAACUGCGUGCGCUCGGCCGCAUCUGGUCCGGUUUACUCACGUAUUACCAAAGUGAAGACUUUUUUAGAUUUCACAGAGUUGUUUUUUUUACAGGACUGUCGUUAUUUAUUGACUUUUAUAAAGGAAAGAGUGAACUGGGUUGAUAUUACACCGAAAUUGACCGCGCAUCCAGUGCGCACUGGAUAAACAUACACAAAAGGCAAAGAGCUUGCAUCUUGAGGAUACGCAAAGAGGGGGUUAACUUUAUCAAAAAUCGCCGUGGUUUCUGGGCUUUUUCAUGUAUUGGAAAAAUGAGGUUUUGGCCCCUCUAUCAGAGGGAAAUCAAUUUCUAUCCGAAGGAAUUCCCACAAAACAGGUGAUCUCGCCAGAUUCACAAAGCACACCGGGAGCAUCACGCUGCGUGGACAGUCAACACGGACACGCAAUGUCACACUCCGACGGAGAAUCACACAGGUCUAAUAUGGAGAAAGACGAUACGCGCUCUUCGCCCAGUCCUCCUUCAACUCCGUCCAUCUGCUCGCCCACAUCCACCGCCUCCUCCGUUCCGUCCACCGGGAAGAACGUGUGCGCGAGCUGUGGACUUGAGAUCUUGGACAGAUAUCUGCUGAAGGUUAAUAAUUUGAUUUGGCACGUGAGAUGUCUGGAGUGUUCAGUCUGCAGAACUUCACUACGACAGCACAGCAGCUGCUACAUUAAAAACAAGGAAAUCUUUUGUAAAAUGGAUUAUUUCAGUAGGUUUGGUACAAAGUGUGCCCGCUGUGGCCGGCAGAUCUAUGCCAGCGACUGGGUACGGCGAGCCAGGGGUAACGCCUACCAUCUGGCCUGCUUUGCGUGUUUCUCCUGCAAACGUCAGCUUUCUACAGGCGAGGAGUUCGGACUGGUGGAGGAAAAAGUUUUAUGUCGGAUCCAUUACGACACCAUGGUGGAAAACCUAAAGCGGGCCGCUGAGAGUGGAAGUGGACUUACUCUAGAAGGGGCCGUGCCCUCGGAACAGGACAGUCAACCAAAACCGGCCAAACGGGCACGAACAUCCUUUACAGCGGAGCAACUGCAGGUAAUGCAGGCGCAGUUUGCCCAGGACAACAACCCUGACGCUCAAACCCUUCAGAAACUAGCAGACAUGACCGGAUUGAGUAGACGAGUAAUACAGGUCUGGUUUCAAAACUGCAGAGCGAGACAUAAAAAGCACACCCCACAGCACGGCGGUCCACCUCAAUCACACCCUCAGGCCCGCAUGCCCCCUUCACUGCCCGAUGAACUGCAUUACUCCCCUUUCGGCAGUCCUGAGAGAGCACGCAUGGUGGCCCUGCACGGGUACAUCGAAAGUCAUCCGUUUUCCGUGCUUACUGCACAGAGCCUCCCUCAUCAAGCCAUGUCGUUACCCCAGCUCCCUCUAAGCCGCUAACGCCCCACCGCCCCGCCUCACGGUGACCCCUGACCUCAUGCUCCAAACUUCCGUCCACUCCUCCACAGACCCCAGAAGUGGGAUCUGGCUCAAGGAGAGGGUCACGGUCCCUCAUGCUCUUGACCUUUGAACUCCCAAGGAGAGAGACUGUUUCCUCUCUGGCUUCAUUGGACAGGAUUUUACUCACCUGCAUCCAGUCACGCUCAUUUACGGAAAAGACUUAUCUGUGACCUGUGAAUUUAAGACUUUUGUCAUCGAGACCAGAAUCUGGACUUUCGGACAAAAAACACUGUACAAAGACUAGAAGUGCUCUUGGUUCGUCCUCUCUCCUGAUAGAUUCAUCUCAGAUCUUUUGGAGAAUGAAUGCAAACACAAGGAAUGUAAAGUUACCUGCAUCAGUGUUAAAGAUAUAGAUUGGAAUAAAGGCUAAGAGCUGUGGAUGGGGAAAAUGACAAGGUGGUAAGAUGUUAUAUCAUUUUUUCCUUGCUAAAAAGUGAAAAAAAAAAUCCUAGUGCCAUUAUUAAACAUGUAUGUUUUACUUAGAUUAAUGGAUUUGAAGUGAGUAAUGCUUUUUUACUUUCUUUUUGAUUCCCAAAUUUAAGGACAAAAUUUAUAGAGCAUGAAAUGCAAUGCUAUAGCAUCUCUGUUAUUCGAGGCUUAAAAAAAGUCAAGCUUUUUUGAUACAAAUCAUUUUAAUUUUAUACUUGAAUUGAUUCAUUUUAGGGAAAAGUUUAAAAAUAACAACAAAUUGUGAUCGUAAUUACUUGUUGACAUUCUCUUUGGAAACCAGAUGGUUUGUUAUAAAUUGUUUUAUUUAAGGUUUCAGAUGCAAGAAAUUUGCCAUAUUAUUUUUUGUUUUAGUUUAAGAUUUUCAAGGAUUUUCGACGUUUUCAAAGAUCCUGAAGACAUCUAAACCUUUGAGAUCUUCUCUAAAAAUAAUUGCAGAUUUUACUAGUUAUUUUUUUUAAAUGCAUUGCAGUUACUGUUGCCAUAAAUAAAUUACAAAAACAUUUAUCUUAGUAUUAAGAUUUUUACAAAAAAAAAGUCAUUUACAAUGAGAAAAACAAUACUAACCACAUGAGGAUAAAGAAAGGAUAAAUGACAAACAGCAUUUUGUGCCAAGAAAAGAAAGUCAGAAAGAAACAACAGCCGUUUAGUAUAAGAAAGAUUACAAGAGCACUUCAGUGAAAUGUAAAAAAAAAUGUGUAAAGAAAAUGUACAUGUAUUUUUAUUUAAGCGGUGUCUUAACUUUGUGUGGGAGACGAAUGUGUCUGUUUCAUUGUUGUAUCCAUACAUGUGUGCCGUAUAAGCCUCAGCCGUGACCAGAGAGCAAGAAUGUUGUAUACUUGCUGCAGACACAUUGUAUACUAAAAGAUCAGAUCUGUGUACAGGUCUGAGACCAGGGGAAAAGUCUGAAAUUGUAACUUAAAUCUAAGAAAUAUGCUCAAGUGUUCUGAAUAGAGGACCAGGCCUCUACAUUGUUGUAUUUAUUAAGACAGGUAACCUGUAAGCACUUUUCCCCACUUCUGUUUUGUAAAAAAAAUAACAAAAACAAACAAACAAACAAACA